AAGCGGUUAGAACACAGCCCACAUCUGCACUGACACAGACACGCGCUCUUUUCACAGCUGGACACCAGAGCGGUCUUUUCUGUAGAUUUCAUCUUUCCUUUGUGAUCAAGCACCACAAUGUUGCAGUCAAAGUUGACCGGCUUUGGGAAAAUGCUGGUGCGUCGACGUGUUCUGGACGCCAGCGAUGACACCUCUCGCUUUGCUCGCUGUUUAUCCACGUUGGACCUCAUUGCUCUGGGUGUCGGUGCUACUUUAGGGGCUGGUGUGUAUAUUCUAGCCGGAGAAGUUGCGCGACAGAAGGCCGGCCCAGCCAUCGUGAUCUGCUUUCUGAUUGCAGCUUUGUCCUCUGUGCUUGCUGGGUUGUGUUAUGCAGAAUUUGGUGCACGGGUACCAAAAACAGGGUCUGCCUACCUUUACAGCUAUGUGACGGUGGGUGAAAUCUGGGCAUUUAUCACCGGAUGGAAUCUCAUCCUUUCAUAUGUCAUAGGUACAGCCAGUGUGGCCAGAGCAUGGAGCUCCACUUUUGACAACCUAGUGCAUCAGAAGAUCUCCACUUUUUUUAAUGAAACCAUUCCCAUUCCACCCACUGGAAAAGUGCUGGCAGAGUAUCCGGACCUUUUUGCACUCCUUCUCGUCAUUUUACUGACUGGCCUGCUGGCGUUCGGUGUGAGUGAGUCAGCCCUGGUGAACAAGAUCUUCACAGCGAUCAACCUGGUGGUGUUGAGCUUCAUUAUCAUUGCAGGCUUUGUAAAGGGGGACACAGCUUACUGGAACUUAAAUCUAGAAUACAUCAAAAACAACACAAGCCUCCUGGUACCCGAUGGAACAAGUUUUGGCUCGGGGGGUUUUGCGCCUUUCGGCUUUUCUGGAAUUCUCUCUGGUGCAGCCACCUGCUUCUACGCAUUUGUGGGUUUUGACUGUAUUGCCACCACAAGUGAAGAAGCCAAAAAUCCUCAGAGGUCUAUUCCAAUAAGUAUAGUGGCUUCUUUGCUCAUCUGCUUUGUUGCGUACUUCGGAGUGUCUGCAUCUCUCACCCUGAUGAUGCCUUACUACAUGCUGGAUACUAAGAGUCCAUUGCCAGAAGCCUUCAAAUUUGUGCACUGGGAGCCUGCCCGCUACAUAGUGGCUGUAGGCUCUCUCUGCGCCUUGUCCACCAGCUUGUUGGGCUCCAUGUUCCCCAUGCCUCGUGUUAUUUUUGCCAUGGCUGAGGAUGGAUUGCUGUUCCGUUUCCUCUCCCGCAUGCACAAGAAAACAAAGACUCCUGUGCUUGCGACCAUCGUUUCUGGCAUUGUGGCAGCUUUAAUGGCUUUCUUGUUUGAUCUGGCUGCCUUGGUGGAUCUGAUGUCGAUCGGGACCUUGCUGGCCUACACGCUGGUGGCAGUGUGUGUGCUCAUCCUGAGGUACCAGCCCGGCAGUCUAAGUUUCAGCUCAGAAAAGAAGGCGGUGGAGCAAAAGAUGCUGACGGACAAAGAAAGCAAGGAUGAGAUGGAGAAAAAGCCAGUGAAGGAGGUUUUCUCUCUCAGACUUCUGCUACAGCCCAGCUCUGAGUCACCCACCAAGACCUCAGGCCUCAUCGUCUAUGUCACCACUGCCAUUACCUGUGUGUUCUUCACUCUUCUGUGUAUAAUACUGGCACUGUGGGGUGAGAAGCUCCAAGAGUGGCAUCCCGUAUGGCUUAUUGUGGCCCCUCUCGUCAUUGUCUCCAUCCUCUGCACUGUUAUUAUCUGGAGACAGCCCCAGAGCGACGAAGCUGUCAGCUUCAAGGUGCCUCUGCUUCCAGUCCUGCCCUUGUUCAGUAUUUUUGUUAACAUCUACCUCAUGAUGCAGUUGGAUGGAGCAACUUGGAUACGUUUUACAGUAUGGAUGGCAAUUGGCUUUUUGAUUUACUUUGCAUAUGGAAUCAGGAACAGUUCUGAGGCCAAAAAGGAUUCAGAGCCAGUUCUGCUAGGAAAGAAGCCAAUCUAUUUAUCUGCUAAAGCCGAUGACGUUGAAGGUAUCGCAGCCUAAGAAGUACAAAGAAAAUACAGUGUAAAGUUUACAUGUACACCCGCACAUUCUGUGUAUUUGGUAGAAUGCCUAAUUUAUUAAAUGAAUGAGCUAUUUUUGUAUUAGAGGCAUGUUUUUAUGUCUUUGUUUUUAAAGUGUGCUUUUUAUUAAGUCAUGAGAUAUUAUGACUUAUACAUAUCAAGAAAUGUCUAAAUCUUAUCCUGAUUUACCUCUGAUCAGUGUUUGGCUGAACAGGUGCUGAACAACCAGUUUAUGGUUGGAGAGUUUGGGUGGAAUAUUUGCAGAAACAUGAGAGUUAGAUUUUUGCUCCAAGUAACAUUAAAAAAUAGUAGAUGCACUAUACAAGAAUCUAAGUAUAACGAUUUCUUGGAUUGAGAGAUUAUAUUGGCACUGCAUUAAACUAGUAAAUUCAGUCAAGGUUACUUUUUAAUGCAUUUGGA